ACGAAGCGAAACUAUGCCAAUAAGGUGAUCCUGUAUACGAAAACCAAAACCCAAAACCUAAAAACCACUCCAAAAACAGGAUGAUGCUCGGUGAGCGGCAUCGUGUUACAGUCCCGCCGUGGGCCAGAGAUUCAAACCCAGACGAUAAUGCUGCUGGCGCCUCUGAUUACAACCCGUACUAUCUGGAAGAAGCGUUAGGAGCGUUACAACGUUAUCUACCGUCAAACGAACCGGAGAUAGAUUCAGACUCGGAGAUUCCGGGUCUGGAGCAAGAUUCAGCAGUCGACGCGUUCUCUUGUGAUCAUUUCCGGAUGUAUGAAUUUAAGGUUCGGAGAUGUGCACGUGGGCGGUCACAUGACUGGACUGAGUGUCCUUAUGCACAUCCAGGUGAGAAAGCAAGGAGAAGAGACCCGAGAAAGUAUCAUUAUUCGGGUACUGCAUGUCCUGAUUUUCGCAAAGGGAAUUGCAAGAAAGGUGAUGCUUGUGAGUUUGCACAUGGUGUUUUUGAGUGCUGGCUGCAUCCAGCAAGGUAUCGGACUCAACCGUGUAAAGAUGGGCCUAACUGUAGGAGAAGAGUCUGUUUUUUCGCUCAUACUGCUGAUCAACUUAGGGUUUUGCCUCAGCAGAGUCCCAGAAGCGUUGAUUCUUAUGAUGGAUCGCCGUUAAGGCAGGCCAUGGAGGCGGCUGCUUGUGUUAAAGUUCUUCCUUUUUUAUCUAGUCCUAGCUCUAUUUCCCCCCCUCCUACUCCUCCCGCGGCUGAUUCACCGCCUAUGUCGCCGAUGUUGAGUCGGUCUGUUGGGUCAAACUCUAUCAAUGAAAUGGUCGCUUCCCUAAGGAACUUGCAGCUAGGCAAGAUGAGAUCUUUACCCUCUUCUUGGAAUGUCCAAGUUGGUGGAUCCGGUUUCGGGUCACCUAGAUCCGGGUCUGUUCUUCGACCCGGUUUUUGUAGUCUUCCAACAACUCCCACUUCUGCUCCGACCCGUUCUGGUUUGGGGUAUAGGGAUAUGUGGGAUGAUGUUAUUGAGGAGCCAGCAAUGGAGAGGGUCGAGUCAGGCAGGGGCUUGCGUGCAAAGAUGUUUGAGAAAUUGAGCAAAGAGAAUUCGUUGGGUCGGGUUGAGCCGGAUCCUGCCCAAUCGGGAAGUGCUCCGGAUGUCGGAUGGGUUUCGGAGCUAGUGAUGUGAACUUGAAGUGCAGUGUUUCUUUUUUUUUUUUUUGCCGGGUUGCUCCUUCUCUCAUAUUGUAAAUAGUGUUUUAAAGACUGGAGUUAAGGAAGAUGGAAGAUUCGGUAUUAUAAUGGAGGGAAGAAAUUGAAGAUUCUGGUGAAUGUACAAAUUUUUGUUUUGGGAAGGGAAAAAAUGUUAAAAGUAGCAGUGUUUAAAUUGUGGGGUGAAGAGUUGAAAGAAUCUCUUUUUUGGGGAAUUUUCUGAUCGGAGUACGAGAAUUCCGAAGGCGAUUAAUCAAGAAAUUGGCGAAAGCUUUUUGUAUAGGGAAGAAGAAAGAUGGAUGGAUUCUGGAUUAAUCCCUUUUUUCUCCUAAAAAAAAAAAAUUAAUGUGUGGUUGAUUUAUGCUUUUUAUGAAGUCAUUAAAUUAUGAUUAUCCAACUUAUUGUAAAAAGAUUUCAAUAGCCAUGUAAUGCUCUCUUCAGCUUAUGCGCUGAUGUAAAUGAAUCCAUUGUAUAUGUUAUUCUA